GCCGAUACUGCCGUGGUGCCCUUUGGGGCGGUGAUGGCCCCUGUCUGGGGAGUGAUGGCCUCGGCCAUCAAUGCCUUUGCCGGCGUGGGACGCCCCCUGGCCGAGAACCAGGUGAGGCUUGUCGGCCUCGUGAAUUUUAUGUUCCCGAGGGCUGGCCCCCUGGUGACGUUUGGGGCCCAAGCUUUUUAUAUGUUGUUGUAUGGGAGGGCCUAAUGCCCUAGACGUUUCUUUGUUGUUUGGCCUGGAGGGCAGGUUUUUUUUUUUUUUUCGUGGUAAUAUAUUGCUUUGUCUGGUCUGGUCUCAAUCCAUUCGUUUCUCAGAUUCCAAGAUGAAUAGACCGGUAGUGAUAAUAUCAGAACAUAUGGAGUACCUGUAUUGAGAGAGUGGUGAUAGUAGCAUAUACUACAGCAACAUAUCACUAGUAGCGGAUACUAGAGGAAAGUUCGAACUAGUAGCAGGAACUAGAUGAAACUGUAAAUAGUAGGAGAUACUAGAAUGCAAUGCCAAUAGUAG